CCCGGGUGUGAACGAUAGAGCUAGUCUAUAAAUAAUGAAUUGGUUGCAGUGGUUAUCUGUACCAUUGUUUUUGGCUUACAUGGGGUGGCAGACGAAUGCUGAGGGUGAACAGAUGAAUGCUCAAGGAGCGAAUGCUGAAGGAGAUGUGGCUGUUGAAGGAGAUAGAACGAAACGAGCUGUGAUAGGUGUCUACCCGAUAUGUCCCCGGGGUUGUGCCAGCUGCUCAGCUAUGAAUGGAUGCGUGACAUGCAGGCCCCGAUUCUUCAUGUACCUGCAUCGCUCGGGCAUCAGACAAACGGGCAUCUGUACACACAGUUGUCCUGCUGGCUACUUCGGAGUGCGAAGAAGAGAUCUUAGUAAAUGCUAUAAGUGUCGAAUUGAAAAUUGUGAUACGUGCUUCAGUAAGAGUUAUUGUACCAGAUGCAAACCCCCUUUUAUAUCAUACAAAGGUCGAUGUUUAGCGGAGUGUCCAGUCGGCCUACAUUAUGCAACGUACGAAAAGGAAUGCAAGCCAAUAGUUGAUUGCGCAGUUGGUCCAUGGACAGACUGGGGGUUCUGUACGAAGAAGGGACAGAUCUGUGGCUACAAAUACGGCACGCAGACAAGGGCGAGAGAAAUAUUACAGCUUCCUUCCCCUGGCGGACAGAGUUGUCAGCCGAGGAUUGAGAGUAUGAGAUGCAGAAUGCUCAUGCGCACUUGUGUUGAUCUUAUCACUAAUAAUUCAGACGUUCCCCGAAUUAGACAUAAAACCAAAGACAGAAAGAAAAAUAGACGUAAAAAUCAUAAACGAAAGAGGAACAAGGGCAAAAAGAAAGACAAAGGCAAGAGUCGCGAGGAAUUGACUCAAAAAGAAAAAGAAGAACGGAGAGACGAGAGACGAAAAGAACGUCGUGAAGAAAGGAAGAAGGACAAACAAGAUAGACGUAAAAGUAGACAUCGGAAUAAAAACGUUCCCAAGGCAAUAAGCGUUCCUGAUAUUAAAACCAAUAGAAUCAGUGCAUUGAUCAUUGACAACAUAGUUUAACAGAGUUUUAUAAUGAACAAAUGUAGUCAGUGCCCCUACCCCGUAGUGGGGGCUUCAUGUGAGACAACAGAUGAUGUUGCCAUAGUCUAUCGUGUUCUGUGGGAAUGUAACUAUAUUCUUCGUAUUUCAUGGAUGGCCAUGGCAUGGAUAUGAAGAUCAUGUUAUGGUUAGUGUAAAGGACAGUUAUUCAAGGCUAUACAAUGAAUUUGCCCGAGAUAUAUUCUCAUCACAGAAUCUAAUAUUUUCAUUUUGGAAUAUUUGCCUUCUUAAAACAAAAACAAUAUAUGUUUUAUUACAUUUUACUUCUAUAUUCCUUUUGAUCAACUAUGAAAGCAUAAUAUGGAAAUCUGAUACAUCAGUUUGGGUAUUGUGAUUUAUAUUGAGAUUAGUGAUGAUUUUAUU